UGUGUGUGUGUGUGUGUGUGUGUGUGUGUGUAGGAAGCGUGUGGUGGCUGUGUUACAGGAGAUGCUGGUCCUACCUCAGACUCCUCCCUCUCUGGUCUCUCUGCUGACGGAGAAACUACUGACCCUGAUACCUGACGACCACAGACGCAUUCAGACCGUGGCGGAGGUGAUCUCGGAGGUGCGUGAGCCCAUCGUCGUCAGACAGCCACUGGAGGAGAACGAGAUCCGCAGGAAACAAGUUAAGCUAGCGGAGGUGAAAGUUGGUAUCCUAGAAGCUAAACAGGCCUUAGAGGAGUGUAUCAGUAACCAGGAGUUCAACAGAGCAGCGGAGCUGAAGGACUCUAUAACUGACCUGGAGAACCUGAGGAACAACAUCCUGCAGGAGGAGAACACACAGCAGGACGACAAGGAGGCAGAGACACGCAUGGAGAAGACGGACCCAGAGACUCUCCUGCGCUGUCUGACCAUGUGUGUUGAGCUACUGAAACAGAUGAACAUCAAGACGAGGAUCGGUCCCACCAUGUCAGCUCUCCUCUCCUCUCUGAUCCUGCCCAGUAUAUCCAAUGCCCAGCCAGCGGUGAGGAACAUGGCAGUCGUGUGUUUGGGGACGUGUGCUCUGCACAGCAAAGACCUGGUCAACACACAUCUGGUGCUGCUGCUGCAGAUCGCCCAGCUAGAUGAGGCUAAGAUCCGUAUCAGCGCUCUCAGGGCAGUCAUCGACCUGCUGCUGCUCUACGGCUUCACACUGCUGUCUGAACGCCCCAGCGCCGCCCCCCAGACCUCCCAUUCGCCAGCCAACCAGGAAGACCAGGGGGAGGGGGAGGAGCCGGAGGAGGGGAGCAGCACCACUCAGUCCAUCCUGAUGAUGCUGUCCGACUUCCUGGACAGUGAGGUGUCUGAGCUGCGUACCGAGACAGCGGAGGGUCUGGCCAAACUGAUGUAUUCCGGCCGGAUCUCCAGUGCCAAGCUCCUCUCUCGAUUGGUGUUGCUAUGGUACAACCCUGUCACCGAGGACGACACCAGACUACGCCACUGUCUCGGAGUGUUCUUCCAGCUGUACGCCCGGGAGAGCAGGGCCCACCAGGAGGUUGUGGAGGAGUGCUUUCUGCCCACCCUCCAGACCCUGCUGAAUGCUCCGGCUUCGUCUCCGUUGGCCGAGGUGGACGUCACCAACGUAGCAGAGCUGCUGGUGGAGCUGACACGGCCCAGCUCUCUCAUAAAGCCUGGAGACACACAGGAGGUGAGUGCCCAUGACCACCUGGCAGUGCGUGUGUGUGGCGAGAUGCUGAAGGACCCGUCAGCUCCCGAAGUCCGUCUCUACGCCAAAGUACUGAACAGUCUGGAGCUCAGUGCUGACGGCAACACAACGAGAGACCUGGUGACCCUGCUACAACAAGUUACACAGGAGGUAAAGGAUCGUAUCGCUCUGCGUGCUCUGGAGAAGCUGAUUGGACAGCUGCAGGACUCCAACAACCAACCAGAUCUCAGCACUACGACACUACAGCCUGUCGAUGUCAACACUGAGGAUGACCUGGACCAGUCUGCCAAGAGGCCAGGAGAGAGGAAACCCUCCACAGUCAAAGGAGCCAAGAAGUCCAGCAGAUCGGCAGAGUCCUCCGAGGAGAGUGAUGGGGAGAAUGUUCCAGACUCGGUGCCGGUACCCCGUCCAUCCCGCCGGGCCAAGACGGCAGCUUUGGACAAAACCAGACUGGACCUCAGUGCCCUCCUCCACCAGGAGGCCAACACCUCGUAGAGUCCCAGGUCAGAUAGAGUAGAGAGGUCAGGAUGCGUGUUUGCUGCCGAGUGGAAUCAGUAUCAGAGUAGUGGACAUGUCGAGCAACAGGUUUAGAGACAGAAGGAAGUCCUAUCAUCAACCUGAAUGAAAAAUGUAUUUUUAUUGGUUUAAAUAAAACGAUUAAACUUC